AUGCACGAUAGUAAUGUAGAGGUGCCUCGUAAAAUUGCUAGAAUUUGUCGUGAAAUGGGUGUUGAACGUUUAGUGCAUGUCAGUGCUAUGGGAGCUGAUCCUGAGCAUGAAUCUAAAUAUCUUAAAAAUGGACAAUUUCUUCGUACUAAAGGUUUGGGAGAACUGGCUGUUCGUGAUGAAUUUCCAAAUGCUACAAUUGUUCGUCCUUCAGUUCUUUACGGAGAAUGUGACUAUUUUCUUCAAUUUAUGACUACUCAUUUGCGUCGAUGUCCAGUACUUGGAUGGGUUUAUAUUUAUAAAGGAGGACGUGGAAUUUACAAAAUGCCUGUUUAUGUAAAUGAUUUUGGACUUGGAAUUUCUCGAAUAGUAAAUGACCCUUCUUUUGCUGGAAAGGAUUUUGAAUUUGUUGGUCCACAUUGUUAUGAAUUUUGUGAAAUUGCAGAUUAUAUUUAUAAAAAGGCUGGCUGCUUUAAGGAAAUUAUGUUUAGAUAUCAUCGUUUUUCACGUCCAGACCCUUGGUUCCUUCUUUGGUCAGCACUUUGUUGGAUUAAUACAAAAGUGUAUAGAGGUGGAGGUUCUUAUAUUGAUUGGGAAUGGCUUGAUUUUGUGGAAGCAGCAAGUGAUGUAUUAACUGGCGGGAAGACACUUGGAUUUGCUGACUUAGGGAUUAAGCCUCAUCUUUUUGAGGAUAUGGCUGCAUAUUUUUGUCGUAUACGUUCAUUUUCUGGAUCUGUUGAUUUGGCAUAUGAUGAAAUGCCGAAUGUUGCAUUACCUCUUCGAAGUCCAAUACUUUACAAACGACCGCCAAAAUUAUUUGACCCUUCAAAUAUUCAGACGGAGGAACGAAUUUUUGGUCGAAAGGUAGCGGCAACAGGAUGA